AAAUAAAUUUUCACUUUAAUUAAUGGCGACGUCUGUGUACAAAAAUCGUGUGUCGUACGUCGUGCAAUGUGUUUGAUUUUCAUUAAAUACCCCAAUAAAUCAUUUCAAAAUCUACCUAAACCUAUGUAAAAAUGACUGUCCACACAUAAAAUAACAUUCCCGACAAGUGAAAAUCGCUCUGGAUUUCGGGAAAUACGCGAAAAGUCACGUGCAAAAUUGCAUUGUUAUUGUCGCGCAAUGUCUUAGAAGGCGGUCGAAUUAGAUUCGAUUUUCAUGCAUCAUUUCGUUUUGUGCGUAUGCACUAAGUCUAUUAGGACUAAUCUGGUUUGUGGCGAAAAGUGUUUGUGAUAUUUCACUGCAGGAUAUGUGAGGAAUAAUGGACGUGCUUGCAUCGUGAUUUCGCGAUCAAUUUUCAUUGAUUUUUUCAAAAUACCUCGCCUCAGGUCUUACGCCUGUCGUAGUUGGGGAAAAGUUCAAUCGGAAGAUUCCCAAUUGGUUUUGAUUUGGUUGCUUCGUUUCCUCUGUUGUGCCGUGUGUGAUGUGAGUCCCUGCCGGUCCGGUCCAGGCAGAAUAUCGCGCAACGUGCGUAGGAAGCAAUAAAUAAAAGCUGCGCCCAAUUGAUUCCAAUUAGCGGAUAAGAAACCGCGACUAAGUCGACGCCGACGAAACUCUCAAGAUCCAGGGAAACAUGCAUAUCAGCGGACCCAGCCGAAAUUACGGUUCUGCAGUUGUUAUUGCGUUCGUGUGUAUUUUCGCUGCACGAACAAAUGCCUCGACGAUCCGCAGGUCGCCAAAUAGUGUGGCCGAUUCGAACGCCGGUAAGAGUGACGACAAUGCCUUAGCACCGAAAGCAGUGAAUGAUGGGAGCGAGGCGCAGUCUGGGGCCGCGGGGACGUCAUCUCAGCGGCAUCGGGCCGCCCGCGAUAAUUCAGCGCCGCCAGCGGACUCGCACUUGACGAACGUGGAGGGGGCCAAUACGCUUCCCAUGCUUGCCGGUGCCGAACGACAGAAUAAAACAAGACUGCUAAAAUGUCACUGCGAUAUAUGCAAAGAGGACAAUUACGUAUGCGAAACAGACGGUUUAUGUUUCACUUCAAUGGCCUAUGAGAAAGGCCAAUGGUUGUAUUCAUAUAGAUGCUUAAAUACAUCGCAAACGUUUCCUCCGGGCCGUCCGAUAUGGUGUAAUAAUAAUAGUGGUCGCGGUCCAACGACUCGACCAUCAUCGAAAAGGGGCGGCCAUAUUUGUUGUGAUAAAGAAGAUUUUUGCAAUUAUCUUCGAAAACCGGACAUAAUUAAUUAUGCGACGGCAUUAAAAUCGCGCGUUGAAGACAUACCUGAGCCAACGUCACUGAACACAUGGGCAUUAGUGGCUAUCAUAUUUUGCACAACUCUUGGAUUGUGCGUGCUUCUAAUGUUUGCUUAUUGGUAUUGGCAAUAUUGUCGUAGACGAUCCAAUAGUAGUCGACCAUUUAAGCAAGAGGACUCAGUCUGUGAUCCAAUUCUAAACGGAAAUACUAUACACGAUAUGAUUGAGAUGACCACAUCGGGAUCCGGAUCAGCUGGUCUACCAUUAUUAGUUCAACGAUCGAUUGCACGACAAAUUCAAUUAAACGGAGUGAUCGGCAAAGGCCGAUUCGGUGAAGUAUGGAAAGGCAAAUGGCGCGGGGAGAAUGUCGCCGUGAAAAUAUUCUCGAGUCGUGAAGAAUGCUCAUGGUUCCGUGAAGCCGAAAUUUACCAAACUGUGAUGCUCAGGCAUGAAAAUAUUUUAGGAUUUAUAGCAGCUGAUAAUAAAGAUAAUGGAACGUGGACCCAGUUAUGGCUUGUGACUGACUAUCAUGAAAACGGUUCGCUUUUUGACUAUCUAACCACGCACACGGUAGAUACAAAAGGCUUACUUGUAAUGGCAUUAUCAAUAGCUACUGGGCUGGCCCAUCUGCAUAUGGACAUUGUUGGUACACGGGGAAAGCCUGCAAUUGCUCAUCGUGAUCUAAAGUCAAAGAACAUAUUGGUUAAGUCGAAUUUAAGUUGUGCCAUAGGUGAUUUAGGUUUAGCUGUGCGACAUGUAGAAAAAGAUGAUUCCGUGGACAUACCGUCGACGCAUCGUGUUGGCACGAAGCGUUAUAUGGCGCCUGAAGUUCUGGACGAAAGUAUCAAUACACAACACUUUGAUUCGUUCAAGAGAGCUGAUGUGUAUGCAUUCGGUUUAAUUCUGUGGGAGAUUGCGAGAAGAUGUAAUAUUGGUAUGAUCUACGAUGAAUAUCAACUGCCAUAUUAUGAUCUUGUUCAACCUGAUCCGACAAUAGAAGAAAUGAGAAAGGUUGUGUGUAUCGACAACCAACGGCCAAACAUACCAAACCGUUGGCAUGCUUCGGACGUUCUUCAUGGUGUUGCGAAAGUCAUGAAGGAAUGCUGGUACCAACAUCCAGCUGCAAGGCUAACAGCACUACGAAUCAAGAAAACAUUAGCAAACAUAAGUGCUGAAGAUACUAUUUAAGGAUGGUGUGUUGUAAGUAAUUUUACGUGUUAAUGAUGGAAGGUCAGGUCUGGAGAUGUAAAGUAGGUAUAUAUCUGUAAAAUAUACGAAACGAGUCGAAGAUGCGAAUAGGUACAGCAUUGAUAUCAAAUUAAAGGUGGAACAGAUGAAGAAGAGAGGAGAGGAAUGAAAACAAUUAUUUUAAGUUUUUUUUCUGAAACAUUCUGCAAACGAAAAAACGAACUUUGUUAGAGUAAGUCUUCGAUCCUCAGUUUUUUUUAUUCAAAGUGAGUCAGUUUUGUGAUUCUAAUCAAAUACAAUAUUCCAAAGCUUUCUGUUGCUCACUAGGUAUCUUAGCUGCCAUCAAGUUUUAUUUACGCCGAGUGAGAAAACAUGUGAAACUGAAUAAUAUCUCAACAUUCAGAAGGCCUUUUAAUAUUUAAAUGUAGUAAUACAUAUUUUAACAUGUUUCCAUAUGGGGAAAUGGAAAUUGAUGUAAAAGACUGAUUGAGUGUUAGAUUUUCGUUGUUUUUUGUUAUAGUUUCUUAGUCAUGUUUUUAUGAGGAUACAGAGCAGUAAUUUUACUUGUAAAUUUCAGGUUAUUGAACGCAUGUUGUAGAUGGUAAUGAAAAAGAAAUUUUUGUACAAGUUAGGAAAAAAGUAAGAACUAUCCAGUGUUAAAAUAAUAUAAUGAUUUUGAGAAAAUGAAAGCAAGCAGUUUUAAUAUUUCGGUUUGUUGAAAUUUGAGAGCUUUUGUUGAUCCUUUUGAGAAAUUUGCACAUAUUGCAUAAAUUUAUCGAAUCCAGUGUAAGUAUCUUGCAAAAAUCAUCAUUUUCUAUAUGGAAAAACCAGGGUAUUGAUGCUUAACGGACGGACGACUCGUAAAACUGUUUCGAAAAUCGAACUUUUGGCGGAUGUUGCAGCAUCGCUUGUCCCUUUGUAUGAGAUCAACUCAGUUUUCUUUCUAUGAGUUUAACUGAUUUGUCUUUCGUAAUGCCCACAGCGAGUCUUAGUAGUUUCAAUUAUCGUCUAGGUAUGCAGAAUGCAUACUAGAACCAACAUCUAUGUUUUAUUGCGUUGUUAUGGAUUUUGAACAGGCAUUUCAGCCCAAAUGAUAGAGUUCGGAAUCAAUUUGAAUCUUAAAAUAAUAAAAUUUUAAUAAUUUGUAUUUGAUUGGAAACACAAAAUUCUAUUAACGCUUGGUAACCUACUUCGCUUACCUGCACCAAUCGGAAUCCAAAGAGAAAUCAAAAUCACUGUAAUUUUGAAUAAUGAGCCAUAUAUUGUAUAUUUUCCCGAUUAUGUCAAUGUAAAUAAUGCUGUUGCGAACUUUCCAAAUAUCAAUAAAGUACAAUUGCUUUUUAAUUCCAAUAGAACCAAAUCCGUAAAUCCUGUUUCUCAAAAGUGCUUAUUCAUUCUUCAUGAGAAAUUUCUGCUUUGAAAAAUUUAAUCUAGUCAGAAUAAUUCAGUUUACUCAUGUUUUUGUUAUGCUAAUAUUUUAAAAGAGUGAUAAAAAUCCGUAGAUCUGAACGUAGCUCUUGUGGCAUUAGAGAGGAACGGAAACAUAGGUCUUUAUAUGUAUAGCGUUACGUGAUUAGUAUUCUUAGUCUUUAAUCUAUAUGAAAUCAUUUCCUAUGCGCUAUAGUCUAAGGUUUUCAACGGACCUUAGAUAAAACUUCUUCCAAUUGCAUUUAUAUGACAUUAAAUGCAAAUAUUAUUUAGUUAUAUUUUAUUAUUUGUUCAGAAUCGAAGUAUUUUUACCGCGAUGAACUUUAUUUUAUUUUUCCUUAUGUAGACCGGAAAACAAACUAAAAAAAUUGAAUGUGGAGAUUAUUCCUUCUAUUUCGAAAUCCUGGUUGAAAGUAACUGAACUUACGUAGGAAUUAAUUUGCAUAUAGGAACCAAAAAGUAUAAUUUUUAUUCAACAACUAAAACGUAAAAUAUCGAGUCAGCACAUUUUGAAUUAGCAAGCACCAUGGAUUUCGUCCCUUAGCAUGGGUUGAGAGGGUUAUACUAUAUUAAAUGCUAUGCGUAGAAAUAUUUAGGUGAUGAAAAUAUUUCCUAUAUAGCUAGAAGUAUCAAAUUACUGAAAAUCAAUCAUAUUUUAAAUCAACUGGUGAUUUGAUGUGGAAUAUUUUUAGAUUCGUAAGGAAGCGAGCUCGUGUUAGUCAUGAAAUGACCAACAAAAAAAGUAACGACGGACUGACUUUUAAGAAUGAAAUAUUAAAUAUAAAUAAUUUAGAACAAAAAGAAAAUAUUCGGGAAAUAAGAAUCACUACUAAAUUAAUAUGAAAAAAUAUAACAAUUGUUGUAGUUUUACUAGCAAUUAGAUAUUGCGAACACUUCAAUCUUUUUUAUUGUUUUACAAAAUUUAUCACUUGUACAUAUUGUAUUUCUACUACUUAUCUAGCCUUUAUCAUUUUUAUAUACCACAUGAACGUUUUAUAUUGAAAUGGAAUAAAAUUAACCUUAAAUACGAAAAAUGAAAAAACACUGAUCAAAUAAAAAAAAAUAUUCAUAAUAAUGUUAAGAAUUGAAAAGAGAAUAAUAUAUUGAAAAACGGUAAAAUGUGAAAAAAUAUAUAAUGGACUCUAGUGGACGUGAGAGAGUUUGUUAGUUUGUAACAUAAGAUCACAUUUAUUUAAUGUUUCAAAAGUAAUUUAUAGGUUUAUUUUGUAAGUUCUUUAUAUUGAACAGAAUGAACAAAGUGCGUGUAUGUUGGAGGAAUGAGUGAGGUUUAAGAAUAUAUAUGCAAAAAUUAUAA